UGAUAUAAUUUAUGAAGCAGUAACACUGAGCCAUUUUACAAGAGCUCGGGACAGUUAACCGACCUUUGAAAAAUUCAUAAAAAUGAUACUGGUAUGGAGGUAUUUGUGCUUUAUCAUAUUUUUGCAAUCAGUGAGCUGCAACACAGACAAUGAUAUCAUAUUAGACGUGAUCUCCAGUAGGCUGGACCACAUUUCUAUAUCAUUAGCUAGAAUCGCCAGGAAACAGCGAGUGAUGGAAACACGCAUUGAUUCAAUAACUGAUAAUAUGAAGGGCCGCGAUCUUACUGACGGAAAAAAGGAAGAUGUUGUGUCGGAUUAUUCAGAUGGAGCAGCGAAAGAAGAACUUUUAAUUAUGAAGAGAGCAAUUUCCUCUGAAAAAGAGUAUGUUCGAAAUUUAGUGGAGUCUAUAUCUGUCGACAUUAGCGGUAGAAUCGCUGCUGUUAAAACACCUUCAGAUGACCUCGAUAGUAGAAUCGCUGCUGUUGAAGCAACUUCAGAUGACCUCGAUAGUAGAAUCACUGCUGUUGGAGAUAAAAUUGCUGCUGUUAAAGCAACUUCAUCCAACCUCGGCAACAGAAUACAAUCGAUGGAAAAGGGCAUGAAUACUGUAAAAGCAACUUCAGGUGGCCUAAGAACUAGAGUGGAUUCUAUGGAAUCAAGCAUUACUUCGUUAGUGUCAGCAGCAGAAAGGCGUGUAAGCUUCUCUGUGCAGAACAGACCAAGAGGUAACUUGGCAAUUCUUAAGGGAGAAACUACCGUAAAAUUCAACCAUGUGUUUUACAAUGAUGGUUCAGGAUACGAUAAAACAACGGGAAUAUUCACCGUGCCUGUAUCUGGUGUCUACCAGUUCAUCUUCUUCGUCGAGGGCUGGCAGAGUAAAGACGAGUUCAUUUGUCAAGCUGCUAUUCUGAUGUUGUACGUUGACGGUAGUUCGGCUGAAACAGUGGCCAUCGCUGACCCACGGCAUAAAAAUCAAAUUAUACAAGCUGGUAACACAUACAUCAAUUACUUCAGUAAAGGCCAAGAAGUGAAGCUGAGUACAGCAGACUAUUGUGACGAGUACAGCAUCUUUGAUUUCGGAACAACAUUUAGCGGUGUUCUGCUUUAUUGAUAUUAGCUUUGUAUAUUUGAUAGGAAAUCAGAAUAGACAACAUUCAGUACUGAGUAACUCUUUUAAAAAGAGUUUGGGAGGGAUAUAAUUGGAAAAAGAUAUUUUGAUGGAAUUAUUUGGCUUAUUAUUUUGUAGAAUAACAGAGUGCAUUUAUAAAUGAUGUAAUAAUUCUGAAACGGUACUGUGUUAUUAUACUUUUCAGUUUUUCCAGUAAUUAUGGUAUCGGAUUUUUCACACAUAAAAUAAAAAAAGAAGAAAAUCGA